ACAACCCUAUACGAAAAAAAAAAGAGAAAAGGGCUUCAUCUGAAGUGCGUGUCGAGCUAAUGUUUCACGCAGUAGGUGUAUUUGCGUAUGAGCGCAUUAGAUAAAAAAACACCUAAUAGCGCAGGAAACCGCAAAGGAAAUGCUGCAAAAGACAUAGAACCGAUUACAUUUUAAGCAGAAAGUAAACACAUUCCAAAACGAGGACCAGCAUGGCGGCAAACCAGGUGAACGGGUCCAGGCCCUGGGAUUCAGAGAAGCGGUGGGGAGUAGCAGAAGAGGAACCCAGUAACCAGGAGCUAAACUCUGACCACAGGACCCAAGAAAACGUCCAGGAACUGGACCAGGUGGACCCAGUGUGGGCGCCCAGCAGCAGACGCCUGCUCUCUGGAUUCGUGGGUCUGAACGUGGUGCUGCUGGGGGCGGCACUGGUGGCCGGUCGGGCUUUCAACCCAACGGGCAUCAGCCACCAGGAGUCCGAGGUGUAUGUGCUGGUGCUGAUGGGCUGCAGCUUGGCCUGGAUGAUGUGGUAUCUGCUCUGGGCCCGGAAGAAGCCCGGCAUCUCCCCGCACAAAGAUCACCACGCCGGGGGUCUAACUGUCACUGUUGUCCUCAUGCUUUUCGCCGCCUUCAGUCUCCUCCUCCAUCUGUUCAGGAUGGGAUAUUUUAUUAUCAUGAGCGACUGCAAGCCGCCAGCUCAAGUGCUGUCCCCGUUUAUUGAGGCUCCCUUCCUCGGGGUCCAGACGUAUUUACUCUGGGCUCACUCCAAAGACUGCAUUCACAAACACAAAAUCCUAACAAGGUCUGGGCUGAUGGUCAUUCUGUGUGCCGACCUGUUGUUGUGGCUCAACGCCGUGACGGAGGACACCAUCCAUCAGGAGAUCGAGCUAGAGAAGGAGAAGGAAUUUUAUUUCGGCGGCGCAAAAUUGUCAGAGAGCAGAGAGACCCACGAUGGAGCAGGGCUGGGUAACACCACCCAUUGCCAGUGCAGCGCCAGCGCCGCCUGCCUGGUCUUCAGGAAGGGCUACGAGGUGCUGUACCCCUUCAACAUGGAGUACUACCUGAUGGCCGGCUGCAUGCUCUACGUCAUGUGGAAGAACGUGGGCCGCCACAUGGAGCCCGGCCACCAGCCCCACCAGCCCACCGCCCAGAAGCUGACCAUGCGCAUCGUGUACCAGGGAGGGGUUCUGUUUGGCCCUCUGCUGGGGCUGUUUGUGCUGCUGGCCGGGGUGGCCGUCUUCGUCCUCUACCAGGUGUGGGUGGGUCAAGCCCAGCUCCGUCUGACCGCCUUCCUCCUCUUCUACGGCUACCACCUGGCCGUCAUGCCGCUCAUGUCCGUGUGCUGCCUGGUGGGCAUGCUGGUCCACAAGCUGGAGAGGAGGGCAGUGGAGGAGGGCCACAACCCCACCCGGAGCCUGGACGUGGCGCUCCUCGUGGGGGCCGCCCUGGGCCAACUGGCGCUCUCCUACUUCUCUUUGGUGGCGGCCCUGGAGACGGGCGACCUGAGCCCCCUGGGGAGCCUGGACCUCUCCUACUCCCUCCUCAGCCUGUUGGAGCUCAUGCUGCAGAACAUCUUCAUCAUAGAGGGGCUCCACCGACACCCGAGUCUGAGCCGGGCGCGCAAGAUCCGAAAGGAGCGGAAUAGUAUAUUUAAGCUGAGAAAGAAGGUCACUGCGGGAUCACCUGAGGAACGGAAGGCAGACGACUCUUUACUGACGAGAACCCCAACAACACCAGCACCCCCUGCUGGCCAAGCGGAGGAUAGAACUAACACCUGGACAAAGAGGGCCACACAAGAGAUCUGUGCUUUCCUCAUCUUUGCCAAUAUCAUGCUUUGGAUCAUACCGGCGUUCGGAGUGAACCCCUCGUUUGAGAACGGAAUGGGGAAGAAGUUCUUUGGUUUCACGGCCUGGUUUGUGUUGGUGAACCUGGGCCAGCCCCUCGGAGUGUUUUACCGCAUGCACUCGGUCGGAGCAUUGAUGGAGCUGUUCCUCGCUGCCUGACGGCGGGAGGCCGCAGCCAGGUGUAACCGUGUUAACAAUUAUCUUAGCCUUUGUUGUAGAACUCAAUACUGAGGCAUAAUGUAGGCCUAACUAUUCAAUUAUUCAACAGUCAUCAAGUGCUUUUAAAUAAAGAGAAAGACUUAUGAUUAACAGAGGCACAAAUGCAUAACAGCCCUCCUACAUAAGGGUCCUCCCGGCUUCUCUGUUUUUGCAUCCAACCCUAACCCUUGUGCCCCGGCCCUUUUGCUAUCUGGGGGCCCUGGAAACUGGCCCCGUUGCCCAUAUGGUUAACCCAGCCCUGGCUGUGGCAUACUGUAGACGGGCUUUAGGGACCGUGGGUUCCUGAUCGCUGAGCCAAUGGUUUAAAGAAUAAUGAAGCAAUUCAAUUUUGAGUUGGAUAGAAUAGUUUUGUUUUGUGAAAUGAGUCGUUGAGGAUGUACAUGAAUGUAAAUGUUUAAUAUCAGAUCAAUUUAUCUACUUUCCAUGACAAUAUUUCUGUUGAUGUAGGUAGUAUUUUCUGUCUAUGGAUCAAGGUGCUGUCCAUUUCAAUGAACUUCCUCGUUGUACAGAUAUUAAGAAAAUGGUUCCCAACAGUUUGGCCAACUGGAGAUCUAUGGGUUUGGCCAAUUUGGGAUCAGCUCAAUAUUAUGAACUGUGAAACAAGCAGGAUGUUUCAUAACUCUUUUAAGGGCAAUAGACAUCCAAAAAAUGAAUAUUCAUUUAAAAAAAUGAAUAAAUGACUAAAUAAAGGUUUACAAAU